AGCAGGAAGAGGUGGCGGAGGAGCGAGCGAGAGAGAGUGGGGGAAGAGGGAGUCUGUCAAUUACAAACAUGAACAAGCUGAAGUCCUCGCAGAAGGAUAAAGUGCGUCAGUUCAUGAUCUUCACGCAAUCCAGCGAAAAGACUGCUCUGAGCUGCUUGUCACAGAAUGACUGGAAAUUAGACGUGGCGACGGACAAUUUUUUCCAAAAUCCAGACUUGUACUUGCAAAGCUUAAAGGGAGUGCUGGACAGGAAAAAGUUAGAACAGCUCUACAAUAGAUACAGAGAUCCUCAGGAUGACAACAAGAUCGGGAUAGACGGGAUCCAGCAGUUCUGUGAUGACCUGGGACUGGACCCAGCCAGUAUAAGCGUGCUCCUUAUCGCCUGGAAGUUCCGGGCAGCGACACAGUGCGAGUUCUCCAAGCAGGAGUUCAUGGAUGGCAUGGCUGAGCAAGGGUGCGACAGUAUAGAAAAACUAAAGGCACAGCUGCCAAAAAUGGAGCAAGAGUUAAAAGACCAAGGGAAGUUUAAAGACUUUUAUCAGUUUACAUUUAACUUUGCAAAGAAUCCAGGACAGAAAGGUUUAGAUUUAGAAAUGGCUAUUGCGUAUUGGAAUUUAGUACUUGCGGGAAGAUUCAAAUUCCUAGACCUGUGGAACAAAUUUUUGUUGGAACAUCAUAAAAGAUCAAUACCAAAAGACACUUGGAACCUCCUGUUAGACUUUAGCACAAUGAUAACGGAUGACAUGUCCAAUUAUGAUGAGGAAGGGGCGUGGCCAGUCCUCAUUGACGAUUUUGUGGAGUUUGCGCGGCCUCAGGUUGGGACAAAAAGCACAACAGUCUAGCGCUGGCAAAUCCUGCGGGAAGAAUGUACAUAUUUUGUACAGACAAAAAAAAAAAAAAACGUGAUUGAGAUGGCAGUGAAUAACACAGGACUGGACUGAGCUGCGAUGUAUCCUGCCUUUUCAGCCCCCCCAGGAGUGUCUACACGAAAAAGACAUUGUUAAAGGCAUAUCUCCGCAGUCAUCUAAUGAUGGUUUGGGCGUCUGUCUUUAGAAUGGGCCUUCUUUGUAAAUCAUCUGGCUGGCUGGAGUACAGUCACUGUUCUGGGCCAUCCCUGCUUUUCUUUUUCUGGCAUUCGUUUGGCAGUGUCCGAAGCUACCAUAUUUACACCAGGUCCAGGCUAAUCCAAUCCUUGAGGGCCACAAUGGAUUGAAGGUUUUGUUAUUCUUUAGCGCCACUUGCCACCUGAAGCCUUCAUUUGGAUAGGAACAUGUCUCACCUGGUAUUCCAUGGGUUAAAGGUAAGUCUAAAAUCUGCAGGACUCCUUCCCUCCAGGAUUGGAGUUGCCCGACCAAGACUUACAAAAGCACAACUGCGUGUUUCUCAAAGACGAAGGUCCGUUCAAGAAUGUCAUGUAUGACAGUGUCCUUUAAGUACUCGUAAGUGCAUUCUUGAUUUGAUUUUCUUCCAUGGUUUAAAUAAAAAAAAAUAUUUAAGUGACAGACCAAUAUAAAGCAUUGAUUGUACCUUAGUUGUUUUAAACAAACAUUGGAGUAAAUCCUUUGUUUUGUUUAGGUAAUAACUACAUUAAUUUGGCAUAUCUAAAAUGACACAAUGUAUCUGUCACCCUGUUGUAGACUUAUUUUUGUGCUUGUGUGACACUUAGGCCCUGAUUCAUUGUAAUAGUGCUGUAGUGCUUAACUUUAAGUAGUGAACUAGUGUCACAGAUGUUUUUCAGUUCUUAUGCAACAUUUUUUUUCUAACAUCCAUGUUCACCACAUCUAUGAUGUAUAAGUAUUUGAGGGAAACGUAACAUUUGUUCAAACUCAUUACUUAAAGUUAAGGACAAGAGGCAUUAUGGAUAGAUUUAAAUCUAAGCCUAAGAUUUUUCUUUCAAAGCCUUUAUGUAACUAAACCUAGUAUCAUGUGUUUUAACAUUACUUGAUAUGUACAGAGGAGAACUAUGAAUUUGUACCUUUUAGAAUAUUCAUUUUUGCAAAAGAAAACAAUAGGUCAAUACUGUUUUGAUACAGCGCCUGCUGCUAAAUACUAUUAAAUUGCAGUUUGUUGCACAGUGAAUUAAAAUGCCACCUGCUGAAUUGAAAUAGUAUUGUGAAGAUCACUCUUGGAUACGAUGGACACUCUUCAGUACAAUGGAGUUGGCCAAGUGGAAGUGUAAAGGCCUGGUUGCUUAAAUGAGAUGGUAAAGCCAACGCCAUUGUGUAUGACAA